UUAAUAGGAAAGAAAUCAAGAAAGAAAAGAUGCUAGCAUUAUCACCUCCAUUGUUUUCAACAACUUUUGGUUGGCCAUUGGAGGAUUUCAAUACACAAAAUCUUCAACAAACUUGCAAUGAUAUUUCUCUAGAAUUUGAAGCAAAUUCAUAUCAUUCCUUGCUUGAUUUGCCUACAUAUGAUGAUCAUCAAAUUCUACAGCAUGAUUUUUCAUCACCGGAUAAGUCCAAUUUCGUUUCGUCUGAAGGGACUGUAAAUGGUGAUAUUGGUGACACUACUAGGAAGGUAUCCAAAAAGCUAAAUCAUAAUGCUAGUGAAAGAGAGCGACGCAAGAGGGUAAACGACUUGUAUGCGUUUCUACGAUCACUAUUGCCCAUGUCUAGCCACCAAAAGAAAAAAGUAAGUAUUCCGCGAACUGUAUCACACGCUCUAAAAUACAUACCAGAACUACAAAAGGAAGUGGAAACAUUAGCACGAAAAAAGGAAAAGUUGUCUAGUUCCUCAUCAUUAACAACUACUAAUAUUAGCAAAGGGCAUUCCGGGAUCAAAGUACAAGAUGCUAAAGAUGUUAUAAACGAAAGAAAAGCAUCCGUAUCUGUAUGCGUCUUAGGUGAUGAAGAAGCAAUUAUACAUCUGACAUCUUCUUCAACCGAUUCCAUGAACAACAACAACAACGAAGAUACUAGUUUCUUGUCUAAGGCUUUGGAAUACUUGGAACGCGAAGAAGACGGGUUUGUUUUGCUAAAUUCGACUUCCUUUAAAUCUUCGGGAGAUGAGAUGCUAUUCAACACAACUCUUCAUGUAAAGGUGCAAGGGGAUAAGAAAAUAGAGCCCGAGAAGUUGAAGGAGAAGCUCUGCUCUUUUCACCAGUAUUAAUUAAUUAAUUGGUUAGCUAGAAGCUCAGCUCGGUUUGCUAACUGCUAACGUCGAGUAAUUAAUCUGCAGGCAUGGUACGAUGUGUAGAAUAGAUACUAGCUAAUAAUUAGUAUGCUGUAAAGCGUCUUCGUUUGUUUAUACUCAUUAUAUAUAGUCAUGUCAAUGGGAAUGA